AUGGCAAUCAUAAUGCAAAAUAUGGAAGAACUUGAAGCAAGAGUAUAUUUUAAUGAUACAGAAUUAGUUCUGAUAUAUGAUAACUACAAGAGUCUUGCUCAUAUCUUGAGAAAUUUUGAACCAUUUUCAGUCAUUGAAUUGACAGGCAAGAAGAUAAAAAAUCAGGCUAUAACUUUAAUAGCUGCAGUUAGAGUGAUGGCCAGUAAGAACAUAAGUGGAAUGGCAUUCACUCUAUUAAAGAGUGAUAAAUUUGAUGUUGCUGCAAAUAUUAUGAUUCUCUGCAUGUGUGUCAGAAUCUUCAUCAUCACUUUAUUGCUAGAAAACAAUAUCUACAACCAAACAGAUUUUGAAACCUAUACUGCUGAGCUUAGUCAAUUAUCUCUGUAUAGAACUAAGAAGAUAACUGUAAAGAGCAUAGCAAUCAAGCUUUAUUACAUUAUUCUUUUUUUACAGCUACAGAGUUUAUUCACCAAGACAAGAGCUUCUCAAAAUCAAUGUCUUGAUGAUAACUAUGCUCUUAUACUGCAGAAGUUUCUGAAAAGCAAUAAUAAUAACAUGAUGAGUUUAGUUGUAUACAGAUAA